CCCAGAUUCUCUGUCUUCCUGUUUCCGAUGGGGGAGGGUGUUGCCCCCUGACUCCCUGGACUAGCGUAGCUGUGGGGAUGGUUGCCUCUAGAAGUGAGCAUUGGGACCCUGGCAUGAUUUUAGUUAUGACACGCAUCCAUCCAGCCUUGUGAGAAAUGUGGCAGUGUGUUGGUCAGGUGCCAGAGCCAGCACCUCUGACAAGCAGGGUAUCUGAAUGUCUGUAACACAUCUGGGCUGAAGGGUGCAGAUUCCUUGUAGACAGGCACAGUGGUGAGGUGUCCCAGGCAGGAAUGAGGCUGGCAAGCCUAGGCUUGACCAGAUUUAAGCCUAACCUGGUACUCAGCUUGGCCCACAACUGGGGAAGGGAGCACCGAGACUAAGCCAGAUGUGACCUAAACCGACAACAUACUUGGGUGACAUUAAAGAGCAUCAGGUUCCAGCUGGGAUGGUUCUUCCCAGUGGGUGAGCAUAGUCUUCUCCCUCUAAGGUGCUCUCUUUAAAGAAAAUGUGUCAAGCUGUGUGUAUGGAAGCAGGGUAGCCCUGUGUGGUAAGUUAGGCAUUGCUGAGGACAGGAAGGUGACACCAGUCCUAUACCAGGGUGGAGCAAAGCUGUAGGAACUUGGGGAGCCGGCAGAGUUCUAGAGUUUUCUUCCUUCCUGCUGAUGAGUGCAUGUGGACUAUAACAGGUCUUUGUAUCCUUGGUCUUCAGUGGUGCACAUCUUUAAUCUCAGCAAUCGUGAGGUAGGGCAGACAGAUCUCUGUGAGUUCAAGACCAUCCUGGUCUAAGGACAGCCAGGGCUACACAGAGAAACCCUGUCUUGAGGGGAAAAAACUAGUCAAGGACCAGCUGAACAGUGGUGGCCCAGGUCUUUAAUUCCAGCACUUGGGAGGCAGAAACAGGUGGAUCUCCGAGUUCAAGGCCAGUCAGGUCUACAAAGUGACUUCCAGGGCAGCCAAGACUACUCAGAGAGACCCUGUCUCGAAGAACAAAAACAAAUGAACAAAAAUAGUCAAGGACCCCAGAACCUUGUUUGGGUGGGUCCUAGUUAGCCAAGCCCCACUACAGGGAGGAACAGCGACUAGUCACCCUUUCUUGGACUCUCUUUGCCCUUCUCCUGUGAGAAUGAUGGGGUGAAAUGAGGUGAUGGCUGGAAGAGACUCAGACAAGCAACUAUGUUUUCCGUUAACAGUAACUGAUACUGUUGUCCUUAUUACCCUUACGUUUAAGUUGCCAUUGUCAUAUUAUAGAAUUGACUCCCCAAAGUCCAUAGCAUCCUGGCCCCCAUAUGCUCAAGAAUCAGAAGGCCAGGCAGGUGCAGCUACAGAGUUUGGGUGGGUAGGACUGGCCCUAGCACCCCUCAGUGGCCUCUCAGGUCUUGGCUGAGCUGCCUGCUCCCAUCUGCAGAGAGGCCACCCCACCCUCCCAUGUUGGCUGGGAGACCUCAGAGCUAGGAGCGUGUGUUCUCCAAACAUCUUGCUCACAGCAGAUGGCAGCCACAACUGCCUUUCUCCCUGCAGUUCCGGUGCACCUCCCUUGCUCACCCCCUGUUAACUUUGGUUUCUGCUUUUGGAGAUGGGGAGGCAGCCUUCACGUCCCCAGAGCUGCCUCUGAUUGUGGGUGAAGAUUGAUGCAUGCAAGGUGGGCACUUUCAGAAGGAGCAGAAGCCUCGAACUCCCCAGCUCAGGGACACAGUCUCGCUCUGUUCCUGCUAGCUGACUUUGAAUCCUCUUGGCUAAGUGUGCUGGCAGCGUGAUCUGCGGAGCAAGGAGCUGGGCUGGGGCCUUGUUUGACAUUUCUUGAGCAGCUGCUAGGCACCAGGCUCUGUGCUGGAUGCCAAGGACAUGGAGAUGCAGGGUGUGCAGCCCUGCCCCAUAGCAGCCCCCAGCCUUCAGGGAGUGCGGGAUGAAGGAGCAUCAGCUGUUCCAUCUGAGGGGUUGGUGGGCCCCAACAGUGUCUUGGAGGGGUUGUUUAGGGGCUAAACCUGGGAAACCUGAACAGCUCUGUAAACAGCAAGAUUGGGGAAAGCAUUGUAAGCUGAGAACAGGAGACCUGAAGAGCCCUGCCUGCAGCGCAGCCCAACUGAGACACAUGGAACAAAAGAAGACCACAUUGCCUCUACUGGACCCUGAGAAUAUAGCCUGUUCUCUGUUAGCAUCUAGGUUGGGGUUCUAAAGCCAAAGCUCCAAAAGUGAGUGGCAGGAAUCACUCUCAGUUCUAGGGGUUCUGCCCUGGGUUUGAGGCCAGCAAGAGCAGACCCUGACACUGGAGUAGAUGUGGCCUAUCCUUUCCUCCUGCCUGGUCCUAUAGCCACAGGCCAGUGGUCAGGUGUUGGCAUGGUUUGUCCAUGAGGUCCAAGAACAGCUGGGUGAGCAUGCUAGACCCCUCUAGCACUACUCCUCAUUCUGAACCUGCCCCCAGGCCACCCACACCCACAGGCAGCUCUAGGCUAAGCAUCCAUGCAGUGAGUGGCUUGUGUGUGCUGAACCCUGUGUCUGUUACUGGAGCUGUUAGGGUCAAAGCCUGGGCUCUGGCAGACCCAACAAGCUAGAUUGACCAUCUGUUCCCUGUUGGCCAGUUAGAGACAAGCAGUAGUGAAAAGAGAGAGCUCAACACAGCCAUGCUGAGGGGAAGAAGACAUGGACGGGUCCAGUGACCCCUCCACAUCUGUCUCCAGGUUCCUGGCAUGGGGGCUUAGGUCUAAAUAGAGGUCAAGAGGUACGUUUAACUAAACAGUCCUGGUCAGGGUGUGGCCCACUGAUCAUUGACUCUGCUUCAGUCUGUCCUGUAAGGUGGUGAGGAUUAUGUGAAAUCUCUUCCUAGGAGGCAAGUUUCUCCUCUGGCACCAGGCUUCAGCCUUUCUCGUCCCCAGCAUGGGAUUCCUAGGGACAUUUUAAAAUUCUUUGGGGACUAUUGUUUCCAUAGCCUGAUAGCCAAAGGGAGGGGCACAAGAAUCUCUCUUAAGAGUAUCUCUCCUGCCAGACGCAUGCCAAGGACUCCCACAAAAGCCUCAUCCAAUUAACUUUGAAGGUUAUGAGUGGUAAGAUUCACUGGCCCCAAUGCCCUAUGACUUGCUCAAAGUUCUUCAGCAGACUCUAAGCCCAGGUGAGCCUGUCCCUCUCCAGCAUGUCUCCUGUGGAGUUACUCACCCAGUCCCCUAGACAAAGCUUGAGGGGAAUGUGUGGCAGGCCUAGGUGGGUGGCAGGCAACUGUCAGAGCCCAGUUUGGAGGCCUCGGGGCCCUGACCAUUGUUGCUGCCUCCCCAGUUUCAUAGUCAGGCCCUCUGGGGGAGCGCAUAGCAGGGAGGCAGCUCAUUUAUUCUUUGAGACUCUCCAGCUACCACAGCCCAAGUGUUGGGACACUCGUGACCAUACAGGCAGGCCCACCAGAACACAAUCCAGCAAGGCAGCGGGCAGAGCAGAGGCUUUGGUGUUUGCUUUUUCCUGCCCCGCCUUUUGCUUUGCCUUUUGUACCUGUCUGACUGUUUGCCCAAGGAUUUGCCCUUCUGGAAAAUGGGCGGGACUGAGCAGGAAGGCAGGCAGGUGGCAAUGCUUCUUGGCACCCAGCUUUUCUGAAGAUCCUGUACUGCACGUGAACCUGUACCUUCCUGUGCUCCCUGACACUCUCCCAGCCAGUGCAUGGCCUCGCCCGCGCAGAGCAUGUGACUUCAUAUUGCCCAGGCCUGGCAUGCCUGGCAUGCCUGGACAGCAGCAGCGGCAGCAGCAACAGCUGGACUGUCAGCUAGGAGCAGGAGAGGCCCCCAGAGCCCUGUUCUGGGGCACUGGCCCCAGGAUGCGGGGGUGAGGGGCAGCAUGAAUGGGACUUUUGUAUGGCUGGACAGAGGAACACAUGGCCAGAGCCAGGAGCCCUGUACACACACAUCUGCUCCUUUCUGUCCUGGAAUGGCCAGUCUGCAGGCCUCUUACCCUUCCUCCUAGCAGGAAAGCUUGUCUUGGUCCAAGCCAUCCUAUCCCUGACCUUCCCUCACCCCUUUUAGCUGAAUCUGCUUCAGCAACUUGAACUUCUCCUCUGCUGUUCUGCCUCCUAAAGGUCUGCCCUGGCCUGACGGAGCUUAUCCACACCGGCUCCUGGAGACUGUGAUCUGGGUCCUCUGGGUCAAAGGGAACAGGCUAAAUAAAUAGUAACUAGAUCCAAGGAUGAGGAACCCCUUUUCUCCUUUAGCUGGCAGCCCAAAAUGGGACUUGCAUUAGCUAGGCAAGCAGCCAGGUACCUCACUUCCUGUAGACUUGCCUAUGGCCAGCCUUGUGGAGUGGUUCCAGUCCUAGAAAAUGGGAACUCUAAGCACCAUCUUUGAGUUUCCAUUCUGCUUUAUAGACACCUUUAACAAAGUCAACACUAUGACCCAUAACCUCUGUGUCACUAGGUACCUGCCCACGUGAGCCAUGAGGACAAACAGACUGUCACAAAGAGGCUGGGCUAUACCUCCUAUGAGUGAAGAGCUUUGUAAACCCAGGGUGGCUGGGAGAGCACAUUUGCUCAGACUUGGUAACAACCUUUCCAAGUGGGCACAACAGCAAGAGGUUGCCUGGUCACUUUCAGAAUGGCCUGGGAGAGUUCACCAUGUGCUAAGGAUGAGAAGGCAGUCUGACAUGACAGAGAUAACCUUUGGCUUCUAGCUGUGGAGAUCCUGGGUACCCAAGACUAAGCAGGAUGGGUGAUUCUGGUAUGGACAUGGGGAUGGGGGAAGUUGUCUCAGCAUGCUGCUUGGUAACAAGCAUAGUUGGCUAGUUUUGGGGGGUGGGCACCACAGAGCCCACCCUGGGGGAUUUCUUCCUAUGCCUUGUCCUCCAGUGGUGGAAGGAAUGCCCACUAUUUACUAUUCAUACACACCUUGGUACCAGGUGCCUGCAUCACUUCUCCCCAUGAGCAACCCUGUGGUCUGUGACUCCCGUCAUUCUCAUUUACAGGUAAGAAAACUGGUCUGAAUUGCUCUUCCACCAGCAUCCCAUAGUUGUUAUUCCUCUUCUCCAGUCAUCGGAGCUCAAAGAGAAUGCACCUUGCACAUAACUGUUAAGUGACCAGGCCCAGUUGUAGCUCACACUGACUGACCCCAAGUCCUGUGCGUUUCCCACUCUGCCCCUGCAGUCAACAGAACUACUAAUAAAAUAAACACAUUAAUACAUAAUUAAUCCUACCUCUAUCCCUCCGGCCUUUUCUCUCUGAGCACUUCCCAGACGUGAUCUCAUGCAUCCUGUCAAAGCCCCAGAAGAGCUAUGAGGAGGCUCUGUGCAGAUGAUGGGGAAAGGCUGGCACCCAUGGACCACAGGGACUUCAAACCAGCCAUUAUCCAACCUUAGCUCCAGCACCAACCUUCUGCCCUUCUCAGCUCUCAGCCUCCGAGUAAGAAGUAUUAGGGUGAAAACUCCUCCGUACCCUUCCUUGGUCUCUUUGGAAUUGUCCUGGGGAGGUGAGCGCCAGGCCCGCUGAACCUCCCAGAGCCGCCAGCCAUGCCCGGGAUCGUGGUGUUCCGGCGGCGCUGGUCUGUGGGCAGCGAUGACCUCGUCCUGCCAGCCAUCUUCCUCUUCCUCCUGCACACCACCUGGUUUGUGAUCCUGUCCGUGGUGCUCUUUGGCCUGGUCUAUAACCCACACGAGGCCUGCUCCCUAAACCUGGUGGACCACGGCCGCGGCUACCUGGGCAUCCUUCUGAGCUGCAUGAUUGCCGAGAUGGCCAUCAUUUGGCUGAGCAUGCGUGGGGGCAUCCUCUACACAGAACCCCGGGACUCCAUGCAGUACGUGCUCUACGUGCGCCUGGCCAUUUUGGUGAUCGAGUUCAUCUACGCUAUCGUGGGCAUCGUCUGGCUCACGCAGUACUACACCUCCUGCAAUGACCUCACUGCUAAGAAUGUCACUCUCGGAAUGGUUGUCUGCAAUUGGGUGGUGAUCCUCAGUGUCUGCAUCACUGUCCUCUGUGUCUUUGACCCCACGGGCCGCACCUUCGUCAAGCUGAGAGCCACCAAGAGGAGGCAGCGAAAUCUGCGGACUUACAACCUGCGGCACCGGUUAGAGGAGGGUCAGGCCACCAGCUGGUCCCGUCGUCUUAAAGUGUUCCUCUGUUGCACCCGGACAAAGGAUUCCCAGUCAGAUGCCUACUCAGAAAUUGCCUACCUCUUUGCUGAAUUUUUCCGUGACCUCGACAUCGUGCCCUCCGACAUCAUUGCUGGCCUGGUGCUGCUUAGACAGCGGCAGCGAGCCAAGCGCAAUGCGGUGCUGGAUGAGGCAAACAAUGACAUCUUGGCUUUCCUGUCUGGGAUGCCAGUGACCAGAAACACCAAGUACCUCGACCUCAAGAACUCGCACGAGAUGCUGCGCUACAAAGAAGUCUGCUACUACAUGCUCUUCGCCCUGGCUGCCUACGGCUGGCCCAUGUACCUGAUGCGGAAGCCCACCUGUGGCCUCUGCCAGCUGGCUCGGUCCUGCUCGUGCUGCCUUUGCCCUGCACGACCCCGAUUUGCCCCUGGUGUCACCAUCGAGGAAGACAACUGUUGUGGCUGCAAUGCAAUUGCCAUCCGCCGUCACUUCCUGGACGAGAACAUGACUGCCGUAGACAUUGUCUACACCUCCUGUCACGAUGCGGUCUAUGAAACACCCUUCUAUGUAGCUGUGGAUCAUGACAAGAAGAAAGUGGUUAUCAGUAUUCGGGGAACCCUGUCCCCCAAGGAUGCCCUGACCGACCUGACUGGAGAUGCUGAGCGCCUCCCUGUGGAGGGACACCGAGGCACCUGGUUGGGCCACAAGGGCAUGGUGCUCUCGGCUGAGUACAUCAAGAAGAAACUGGAGCAGGAGAUGGUCCUGUCCCAGGCCUUUGGGCGAGACCUGGGCCGUGGAACCAAACACUAUGGCCUGAUUGUGGUAGGCCACUCCCUGGGCGCUGGCACAGCUGCCAUCCUCUCCUUCCUCCUGCGUCCUCAGUACCCGACCCUCAAGUGCUUUGCCUACUCCCCGCCAGGAGGCCUGCUGAGUGAGGAUGCAAUGGAGUAUUCCAAAGAGUUUGUUACUGCUGUGGUUCUGGGCAAAGACCUUGUUCCCAGGAUUGGCCUUUCUCAGCUGGAAGGUUUCCGCCGGCAGCUUCUGGAUGUCCUGCAGCGAAGCACCAAGCCCAAAUGGCGGAUCAUUGUGGGGGCCACCAAGUGUAUCCCCAAGUCGGAGCUGCCUGAGGACCAGGUGGAGGUGACCACCCUGGCCAGCACACGGCUCUGGACGCACCCCAGUGAUUUGACCAUCGCCCUUUCGGCUAGCACCCCACUCUACCCACCUGGCCGAAUCAUCCACGUGGUCCAUAACCAUCCUGCAGAACAGUGCUGCUGCUGUGAGCAGGAGGAGCCCACAUACUUCGCCAUCUGGGGCGACAACAAAGCCUUUAACGAGGUGAUCAUCUCACCAGCCAUGCUCCAUGAGCAUCUGCCGUAUGUGGUCAUGGAGGGGCUCAACAAGGUGCUGGAGAAUUACAACAAGGGAAAGACAGCACUGCUUUCUGCUGCAAAGGUCAUGGUGAGCCCCACUGAGGUAGAUCUCACUCCUGAGCUCAUCUUCCAGCAGCAGCCGCUGCCCACGGGACCACCUCUGCCCACCGGCCUGGCCCUGGAGCUGCCUGCCACAGACCAUCGCAACAGCAGCGUCAGGAGCAAGUCCCAGUCUGAAAUGAGCCUGGAGGGCUUCUCAGAGGGGCGGCUGCUGUCCCCAGUGGCUGCUGCAUCAGCAGCCCGCCAAGACCCUGUCGAGCUGUUGCUGCUGUCCACCCAGGAGCGGCUGGCAGCAGAGCUGCAGUCCCGGAGGGCACCACUGGCCACCAUGGAGAGCCUCUCAGACACUGAAUCACUGUACAGCUUCGACUCACGCCGCUCCUCAGGCUUCCGCAGCAUCCGAGGCUCGCCUAGCCUCCACGCAGUACUGGAGCGUGACGAGGGCCACCUCUUUUACAUCGACCCGGCCAUUCCAGAGGAGAACCCAUCCCUCAGCUCACGCACAGAGCUUCUGGCAGCCGACAGCCUGUCCAAGCACUCGCAGGAUACCCAACCCCUGGAGGCAGCUUUGGGCAGCGGAGGUGUCACUCCUGAGCGACCACCAAGUGCCACCAAUGAGGAAGAGGAAGCAGCGGGUGGCGAGGGUGGUGGGGUGGCCCCCCGAGGAGAGCUGGCACUGCACAAUGGGCGCCUGGGGGAUUCGCCCAGCCCUCAGGUGCUAGAAUUUGCCGAGUUCAUUGACAGCCUCUUCAACCUGGACAGCAAGAGCAGCUCCUUCCAGGACCUCUACUGCAUGGUGGUGCCCGAGAGCCCCACUAGUGACUAUGCUGAGGGCCCCAAGUCCCCCAGCCAACAGGAAAUCUUGCUUCGGGCCCAAUUUGAGCCCAAUCUGGUACCCAAGCCCCCACGGAUCUUUGCAGGAUCUGCUGACCCCUCCUCUGGCAUCUCACUCUCACCCUCUUUCCCACUCAGCUCCUCAGGGGAGCUCAUGGACCUGACACCCACAGGCCUCAGCAGCCAGGAGUGUCUGGCCACAGACAAGAUCCGGACUUCCACCCCCACAGGCCACGGGGCCAGUCCUACCAAGCAAGAUGACUUGGUCAUCUCAGCACGCUAGCACCUGGCAGUGGCUGCCAGCACCUCCCCUAUCAGAACUCAAGGCCUUGUGGGUACCUAAUGGCCACUUGGGGCCCAGUAGCUUUGAGGAGAGGCUCCCAGGGGCCAAGUGGCCUCAGGCCCUGGAGCACUGCUGCUGAGCAGGGGGUCCGCAUCCCUACCUCAGCCUAGGACCCUCAGAACCAAGAUGUCUGGGAAAAGCAGGGGUGGGUUUGGUACAGGGAGGAGACUUCAGGUUGGAUGGCCAGUCCUCAGCCCUCAGCCUGACUCCUCUGUGUGGGCAGCCUGGUAUCUCUGUUCUGGGAAUGGCACUAGGCAAGCUAGCUUCCUGUCACUGCCCUCCAGCUACUCUCCCAGAGCCGAGGCAGAAAGCAGCCCCCUCUCCACAUACUCUCCUAUGUCGUUCAAGUUGGCACCUGCCCUGGCCACUAUCCCCCAGAUCUGGUGCCUGCUGGCCAGCCCCCUGGGGUGAUCCCCACCAAGGUGGCCCGCAGUGCUGUGUAUGUUUACAGAAAUCUGCUGGGCUUGGCUCAGGUUGUAUCCUGGGCUUGCAAGCCCCCACCCCCAAUCAUGUGUUAAGUUGUCCCCUGUGAGUGGGACCUGAGGACCAGAGGGGACUGGAGGAAAGUAGGGUCAGGGCCACCCUUUCUCUGCCUGGUGCCCCUUAUCUUCAUGGAUUCUGGCUGCUGGGCCUGCCUGCCUACCUGCCACUCACUCCCUGGCUUCCUGGCUCACCUUCUGCCCCCCAGGACUCUGGCCAUUCAAAGGGUGGUGGGCACUCCUGUGACAUCACCCCUGGCUGCAGAGUCAGGGCCCUGGGAAGAAAAAAAAGGCAUCCAAAGCCCCGUAUCUUGGGCAUCCUGCCUGCCUGACCCCUUUAUGUUACCCCACCAUGCCUAGGCAGCUCUGGGCCCUGGGGUCUGAAACCAAACAUGCCUCUGCCCACUUGCUCUCCUGGCUACUUAGCUCCUUUCUGGGUCUGGGCUCCACCUCCCACUGUGUCCUGCCCAUAAGAAGAGGAGCCAAGAGCAGGGUAUCAUGAGUCCUGGCUGGAAACCCCUGUCUACUGCCAAGGGGAGGGGCCAGGGACUCAGGCUGUCCCAGGUUAGCCUGAGGCCUUCAUAGGUUUUCCUGUGGUUUGGAGAAGCAGUCCAGGAAGUAGGAACCUAGCCUUUCCCCAAGCUGGGGUGGGGAGGUUGUGCAUGCUAGUGUCGGGUGUGUGCGUGCAUGCGCGUGAAUGUGCACCACUCCUAAGGAAAGGGGCUGCAGAGGGCUGCCCGCCUUCCCUGCCUUGCCUGCCUCCUGAUGCUCCUAACCUGCCAAGAAUCUAGCCUGUGAAGCAAAGCCUUGGGACAAGCCAGUUACUUGGGUGUGCAGGCAAGCCACUGCCCACUUGUGCCCUUGUCUCCUGGGAAGCAAGGUCCCUACCACUCCAGCCCCACUCACAGCCUCUCUAGGCUCCCCUGACCACCUCGUGAUCACUGGUAUCUGGGCCUGAGCCCCAAUUCUAAUCCCCACAGCUGGGUGGCCAAGGAUGGCUAUCCACCCUAACAGAUAGAGGACAGAGACCUGGGAGCUGGGCCUCCCUUUACUCUGAGACUCCCCACCUCACCAGACUUUUUGCUCCCUGCCCCCUGCCAAGGCAGUGCCUCCACCUAGCACAGAAGUAAGAUAAAAAUCAGUGGUUCUUAGAAUUCACGUGUUAGACAAAAAUCUUAAAUCAGAGAAACAAUGCAACAAGCACCCCAGCCAGCAGCAGAGUUGUGGAUCUGGCCUUUUAACUCUUCCUCUGCCAGGGUAGGUGUGGGGGGCUCCUCUAGGGUGUGCCCCUAUGCCCAGGACUGAGCCAUCAGGGACACCCCCCCCCCCCCCAAGGCUGCAGCCAUACUGUGUUACAGGCUUGGGGCUGGGGCAGGCUUGGACUCAGCCCUAGACACCCAGGGCCAGCCCACCCCUCCCCUGUCCCCUCCCUGCCUGACCCCAGAAAGGUGGGCCUGCUGCACAUUCCCAUCACCCCAUGCCACAUCUGGGGGGGGGUCUGAGCCACCCCCUUCAUCCCAGUUCGGAUUGACCCCCACCCACACUGUCCCCCGGACCUGCAGCACAAGCUCUCCCAGCCAGGCGCUGGCCUGUCCUCCCAGGGAUCUGGGGGACGUCCAUAUGCAAACAGUAGCAAGCAGCCAGGCCCCCAUAAACCCUCUGCACCCCACGUGCCAUUCUCCCAUGACUUUUUUGUACUUAAUGUAUGAAAGAUCCACACUAAUAUUGCUGUAAAAAGGAGAGACAAAUCAAUAUAGCUUAUUCUAUAAAUAUAUCUGUAUAUAAAGUUUUCUGUAUAUUGUAUAGAGCUGUGUAUAAACUGGACGUAAAAGCACA